AAAAAAAUUCCCCUCCCACUUUUUUUUCUCCCUAAACCCAACAGCUUCCACCUCUUUCCGGCGUACUGUGCUUCUUUAUCUCCGUUCAGGCUCCUCCGCCGACCACCGCGCGUCACGCUGCCAGCCAUCGUGCCACUAUUUCCAAAUCACCUCUGUUCCAAGCUUCCAUUGUUGUAGGAAUGGUGGGUUUAUCUCUAGGAGAACGACAUUUCAUCCAAGGUGGCAUUGCUCAGGAUCUUCGCUGUGAUGGUAGAAAGAGAUUGACUUACCGGCCAAUCUAUGUUGAAACUGGAGUGAUUCCCCAGGCACAUGGUUCAGCUAGAAUCAGAAUGGGUGCUACAGAGGUCAUUGCCAGUGUGAAGGCUGAACUCGGGAAGCCAAGCUUAUUACAACCUGACAAAGGGAAAGUCUCUAUAUAUAUUGAUUGUAGUUCGACUGCAGAGCCAGCUUUUGAGGGUAGAGGGGGUGAUGAGUUGUCAGCAGAACUGUCUGUAGCUCUUCAACGCAGUCUCUUGGGGGCUAAAAGUGGAGCAGGUGCUGGUAUUGAUCUCUCCUCGCUCGUUGUUGUCGAAGGGAAAAUUUGUUGGGAUCUUUAUAUUGAUGGACUUGUUGUUAGUUCAGAUGGAAAUCUGUUAGACGCACUAGGUGCUGCCAUUAAGGCUGCUUUGAGCAAUACAGGUAUUCCAAGAGUCCAAGUUGCUGCUGGUGCAUCAGGUGAUGAGAAACCAGAAGUUGAAAUAAGUGAUGAUGAGUUUUUACAGUUUGACACAUCUGGAGUCCCUGUUAUAGUUACACUGACUAAGGUUGGGAGGCACUAUAUUGUGGAUGCCACAUCAGAAGAGGAAUCACAAAUGAGCUCUGCUGUUUCCAUAUCUGUUAAUAGGCAAGGUCACAUCUGUGGUGUCACCAAACGAGGAGGUGCGGGGCUGGAUCCAAGUAUUGUUCUUGAUAUGAUAUCUGUAGCUAAGCAUGUGAGCGAGCAGUUAAUAAACAAACUGGAUUCAGAAAUAGCUUCUGCUGAAGCUGAAGAUGAGUCAUGACAUAGAACUUAGUCAUGACUAUGAUAUGUUGUUGUACACACUUCAAUUAUUUAGUAGUUUACCAGGACUAAAUUUUGUAACAUGCUAACUCUUGCUACGUAGGGAUUAAAACUGAGUGUAUUUUAGGAAUUUGUCUUUUGAGUUUGAGAUGGCUGUUUGAUGCUCUAAUCUUACUAACCACUUAUUGAA